AUGGAGCCUGUCUAUCAGGCAGGUUCCAUUCUCAUGAAGGUCAAUACCUUGCAAGGGAAGAAGAUGGUGGAGAGUGGCCUCCAGUCCGGAGACUUCUCCCUACCCCAGUCCUGGCCUUCCUGCCUUCCCCCACCAGCCAACCUGGAGAUCCUGCAGGAAAAGGUGGCUGGGGUGCAGCGGGAGCUGGAAGACUUCAAGAAGGAGGUGCUGAAGGCCAUCCACUUUCUGGAGGAUGCCUUCCACAAGAUGGACGGCGCCCUGGCACAGCAGGAAGAGCAGGCGGCCCGGGUGAAGCAGCGGCUGCGCGAGGAGGAGGACCGCGGCAUCGUGCGCAACAAGGUCCUCACCUUCCUGCUGCCGCGCGAGAAGCAGCUCCGGGAGCACUGCCAGCGGCUGGAGCACCUGCUGCUGGGCAGGAGCUGCCACGGCUUGGGCGUCGCCAAGAGGAACCAGGUGGAGUGA